AUGCCAGUACAACGUGGCCUUGCAAAAGAAUGUCAGCAACAUUUUCAAACGACUAAUCUUUAUGAAAUCUUUUCAAUUCCACGAACAGCUACUGAUGCUCAAGUAAAAAAAGCUUAUCGCCAGUUAGCUCUUCGUUAUCAUCCAGAUCGAACUGAUAUUGAUCAAAAAGAAGAAGCGAAAACGAAAUUCCAAAUCAUCGGUAAAGUUUAUGCAACUCUUUCGGAUGAAGAAAAACGAAAAAUUUAUGAUGAUACCGGUGCUAUGGAUGAUGAUGAUUUAAACAUGGGAGUCAAUGAUUGGUAUGAUUAUUGUAAAAAAAUGUUUCGAAAAGUUACAAAAAAUGAUCUUGUUGAAUUUGAAAAUAAAUAUAAAGGUUCGGAUGAAGAAAAAAAUGAUUUAAAACGAAUAUAUGUUGAAGUUGUUGGUGAUAUGGAUCAAAUAUUUGAACGACAUCUUCUUACAUGUCUUGAAGAUGAAGACCGUUUACGUUCUAUGAUAGAUCAAAUGAUUGAAGACAAUGAAGUACCACCCUUUGAUGCUUAUACAAAAGAAACAAAAGCGAAAAGAAAUAAACGACAUAGAAAAUUGACAAAGGAAGCAGCUGAAGCUGAAAAACUAAUGAAAGAACUAAAUAUUGGUAACGAUGACGCAAGUCUUGAGCGUGCUAUACAACUGCGUCAGCAGCAGCGUGCUAGUUCAAGUUUUUAUGAUCAACUCUUAGAAAAAUAUGGUUCAAAAACGAAUAAUGGAAAUAAAAAGCGUGGCUCAAGCUCAUUAAACAAUAAUAAAUCAAAGAAAACUUCUAUUAAUAAUCACGGAAAACGUGCAGCUAAAACGGAUGAUGAAGACGAAGAUGAUGAAGAAGAAGAAGAAGAAGAAGAAGGUGAAGAUAUUGAUACCAGUGAAACAUUAACCGAUGAUGGAGAUGUACGACCGAAACGAAAGGCAUCAUCCAAAAAACAUGGAACAACCAUGAAAAAGACUCGGCGUCCUGCAACGAGCAAUAAAAGACGCAAGGUAUCCCAUUAA